AUGAGUGUUUCAAGACCUACAGUUAAAGGUGAGUCGAAUUCGGCAAAUUCUCCAUUCCAUGCCUCACCACCUGUAUCAGUUGCAUCUAAUUCUUCAAACAUACUAAAUCAUACUAAUAGACAAAACAGUAGUACUUUUUUAAAUCGUUACGAGAAUAAUAGUUAUAAUGAACAAAUCCAAAACUUAUCAUCUUCAAAGGGUGAAUUUGAUUAUAAGACUAUAAAUAAGCAUCUAGUUCCUAGUGAUGAAAUGCUUAAAUUACAAGGUGGAGAUAUUGCUAGACAACUUUAUCAACAAAUUGAAGAAGAUUCAAGUACUUUGAACCCCAAUGGAGUUCGUAUUGGUCAGACUGAUUCGGUAUCCUCGCCUUCAUCUUCUGGUGCCCCCAGAAGAAGAACAAGAAGUUCAUCUUUUUCUACUUACCUUACUGAAACAAGACGUGAAUCAACUGCUCUGGAUAUAAAUGUACCUGGUGGUUUUCGUCGUGAAUUUAUUAUUAAUAGAUCUUUAAGAAAUAAUGAAGAACCUCCCAAUUUUCUUACAAGAAAUUUCAUUGAAUUUUUAAGCAUAUAUGGACAUUUUGCUGGUGAAAAUUUCAGUGAUGAUGAAGAUUCCAAUCAUGCUAAUGAUUCUCAGAGUUUUGAAGAUGUUUUUGAUGAAGAAGCCUCUUUAUUAACUAGAUCUAAUAACAAUCACUAUUAUUCAAUACCCAAACAAGUACCCAAACCGUCAACUAAAUAUAAAGAAACUCCCAAGGGUACUGCCAGUGUUCCAAAGGCAUUUUUCCUUGUAUUCAAAUCUUUAGUAGGUUCUGGAGUAUUAUUUUUACCUAGAGCUUUCUAUAAUGGAGGGUUAUUAUUCUCUAUUCUAGCAUUAACUGGAUUUGGGAUUUUAACUUAUUUCUGUUAUAUUGUGUUGAUUGAGUCAAGAAAAGUUCUUAAUUUAACUUCAUUCGGUGAAUUGGGUUAUAAGACUUAUGGUAAACCUCUUAAGAUUUCUAUUAUGAUAUCUAUCAUUAUAAGUCAAAUCGGAUUUGUUGCCACAUACAUUUUAUUUACAGCUGAAAACAUGUUAGCAUUCAUAGAUCAUAUAUUACCUUCAACUCCUUCAUUUGUCACUACAGCAAAUAUUGUCAUAAUUCAAUGUAUCUUAUUGAUUCCAUUAGUAUUGAUUAGAAAUUUGGCUAAAUUAUCUUUAAUUUCAUUAAUCUCUUCAUUAUUCAUUAUAAUUGGAUUAUUGAUUAUCUUCUGGUUCUCGGGAGUUAAUUUAUUGGAAAAUGGAGUUGGGCCUAAUAUUACACGUUUUAACCCUAAUAGUUGGUCAAUGUUAAUUGGGGUUGCUGUAACAUCUUUUGAAGGGAUUGGUUUGAUUUUGCCUAUUGAACAAUCAAUGGCACAACCAGAAAAAUUCCCUAUGGUUUUAUCAAUCUCUAUGUUUUUCAUCACUGUAUUAUUUGUUGGUAUAGGUACUAUUGGAUAUUCUUCAUUCGGAGAUCAAGUGAAAUCCAUUAUUAUCUUGAACUUACCUCAAGGUAAUGUUGCAGUUCAAUCUAUCCUUAUCUUAUACUCAUUAGCUGUAUUUUUAACAGCUCCUUUACAAUUAUUCCCAGCUAUUAAGAUUGGAGAAUCAGUUAUCUUUUCAUCAAAUCAUAAAAAUAAAAAUGAAACUGGGAAAUUGUAUCAACAAUCGGGGAAAUAUAAUCCUCAAGUGAAAUGGCUCAAGAACUUAUUUAGAGGUUUAUCGGUAUCCGCCAUUUGUACCAUUGCAUAUUUAAAUUCCAAAAACAUUGAUAAAUUUGUCUCUUUCAAUGGAUGUUUUGCAUGCAUCCCAUUGGUCUACAUAUACCCUCCUUUGAUCCAUUUGAAGACUUUGACCAUAAAGAACAAGUUAACCAAUCUUGAGAAAUUCCUCAAAGCAGCUGAUUACAUAUUAAUUGUGGUAGGAAUUGUAGCUGUCUUAUAUACCACCUAUCAAAUCGUAUUUCUUAAUUAG